AUGUUUAUCGGCCAGACCGAUGAAUGCAAGGAUUCUGUCCGGGCCUUGAAAAAGCGAGCGCGUCAUAUCUGUAGCGUUCAGGUGAUCUCCGAGGAGGAGACGCCUAGUGCGAACCCCAUCACUUUCACAACCAAGGAAGCUAAAGGAAUCCACCAUCCUCAUAACGAUCCCCUGUUCGUGGAAGUCACAAUGGGCGAGUUCGACGUAGAGCGAAUCUUAGUGGAUACCGGCAGCAUGGUGUGCAGGACGCUGACCGGAUAUGAUGGUGUGUCCAAAACGUCAAUGGGCGAUGUGAAGUUGCAAGUCCGCGCUGGCGGAGUAACACGUAAGACCAAAUUCGUUGUCAUAGACGUCCUGCCAAUUUACAACACCAUUUUGGGUUCACCUUGGAUCUACUCGAUGCAAGCUGUCCCUUCCACGUAUCACCUCUACAUUAAAUUUCCAACUGCCACUGGGAUUUACACGCUAUAUGGCGAUCAAAAGAUGGCCAUGACCUGCUCUAUUCUCGAGAAAAAGCAACGGCAAAAGGAGGACACAUAG